AUGCUGCUGCUGCUGUGGUUGCUGCCGCUGGCGUGGCCCGGCGAGGGCUCCCAGCGCGGCGAGCCGAUGUUCACAGCCGUCACCAGCCGUGUCCUCCCGCCCGACUACGACAGCAACCCCACGCAGCUCAACUAUGGCGUGGCCAUCACCGACGUGGACGCUGACGGGGACUUGGAGAUCGUGGUGGCAGGGUACAACGGGCCCAACCUGGUGCUGAAGUAUGACCGGGCGCGGCAGCGGCUGGUGAACCUGGCGGCAGACGAGCGCAGCUCCCCAUACUACGCACUGCGGGAUCGCCAGGGCAACGCAAUUGGGGUGACGGCCUGCGACAUCGAUGGGGACGGGCGCGAGGAGAUCUACUUCCUCAACACCAACAAUGCCUUCUCAGGCCUGGCCACCUACACGGACAAGCUGUUCAAGUUCCGGGCUGGGCGCUGGGAGGACCUCCUGAGCGACGAGGUGAACCGGGCAGUGGCCAGCCGCUUCGCCGGGCGCUCAGUGGCCUGCGUGGACAGGGUGGGCUCCGGCCGAUACGCCAUCUACAUCGCCAACUACGCCAACGGCAACCUGGGCCCCCACGCACUGCUGGAGAUGGACGUGGCCGCCAGCGACCCUGCUCGCGGCAUCGUGGUGCUGACUGACGUCGCCGCCGAGGCCGGGGUCAACAAAUACACAGGCGGCCGGGGGGUGGCCGUGGGCCCCAUCCUGAGCACCAGCGCCUCGGACAUAUUCUGCGAUAACGAGAAUGGGCCCAACUUCCUCUUCCACAACCAGGGGGACGGCAGCUUCGUCGACGCAGCUGCCAGCGUCGGCCUGGACGACCCCUACCAGCACGGCCGUGGCGUGGCCCUGGCCGACUUCAACCGUGACGGCAAAGUGGACAUCAUCUACGGCAACUGGAAUGGGCCCCACCGCCUCUACCUGCAGAUGAGCGCCAGCGGGCGGGUCCGCUUCCGGGACAUCGCCACGCCCAAGUUCUCCAUGCCAUCCCCCGUCCGCACCGUCCUCGUGGCUGACUUCGACAACGACCAGGAGCUGGAGGUGUUCUUCAACAACAUUGCGUACCGGGGCUCCUCCGCCAACCGCCUCUUCCGGAUCAUCCGCAGGGAGCACUCGGACCCCGUGAUCGAGGAGCUGAACCCAGGAGACGCCAUGGAGCCCGAGGGCCGGGGCACUGGGGGUGCAGUGACUGACUUCGAUGGCGAUGGGCUGCUGGACCUGAUCCUGUCCCACGGCGAGUCCAUGGCGCAGCCGCUCUCCGUCUUCAGGGGCACCCAGGGCGCUGGCAAUAACUGGCUCCGCGUCAUCCCGCGCACCCGCUUCGGGGCCUUUGCGCGGGGGGCCAGGGUGGUGCUGUUCACCCGGCGCAGCGGGGCGCACCUGCGCAUCAUCGACGGCGGCUCGGGCUACCUGUGCGAGAUGGAGCCCGUGGCGCACUUCGGCCUAGGCCGGGACGAAGCCAGCAGCCUGGAGGUGACGUGGCCGGACGGCAGGGUCGUGACCCGGGCUGUGGCCAGCAGCGAGACCAACUCGGUGCUGGAGAUCCCCUACCCCCAGGGUGCUGAGGGGCAGCUCCCGCCCACCUCGCUGGAGUGUGGCCAGGGGUUCUCCCAGCACGAGAACGGACGCUGUGUUGACACGGACGAGUGUGCCGAGUUCCCCUUCGUGUGCCCCCGGGAAAAGCCGCUCUGCAGCAACACGUACGGCGGGUACCGGUGCCGCAGCAACCGGCGCUGCAGCCGGGGCUUCGAGCCCAGCGAGGACGGCACGGCCUGCGUGGACAUUGACGAGUGUGCCCGGGGGCUGCAUGCCUGCAGCCAGCUCUGCACCAACACCCCGGGGGCCUUCGCCUGCCGCUGCCGCCCGGGCUUCCGGCCUGACGCCCGCGCCACCGGCCAGUGCCUGGACGUGGACGAGUGCCGGGAGCAGCAGGGGCUGUGCGACCACGUCUGCCACAACGAGCAGGGCUCCUUCCACUGCCACUGCCACAACGGCUUCUCCCUGGGCCCCGACCGGCGCCGCUGCCUGCGGCAGCCCCACGCCCACGGCAACCCCCACGCCCACGGCAACCCCCACGCCCAGGGCAGGCCCACGGCAACCCCCACGCCCACGGCAACCCCCACGCCCACUGCAACCCCCACGCCCAGGACAGCCCCACGCCCACUGCAACCCCCACGCCCAGGGCAGCCCCACGCCCACUGCAACUACCAUCCCACGGCAGCCCCCACGCCCACGGCAGCCCCCACGCCCACUGCAACCCCCACGCCCAGGGCAGCCCCACGCCCACGGCAACCCCCACGCCCAGGGCAGCCCCACGCCCACUGCAACCCCCACGCCCACGGCAACCCCCACGCCCACGGCAACCCCCACGCCCACGGCAACCCCCACGCCCAGGGCAGCCCCACGCCCACUGCAACCCCCACGCCCAGGGCAGCCCCACGCCCACUGCAACCACCAUCCCACGGCAGCCCCCACGCCCACGGCAACCCCCACGGCAACCCCCACGCCCAGGGCAGCCCCACGCCCACUGCAACCCUGACGCCCACGGCAACCCCCACGCCCAGGGCAGCCCCAUGCCCACGGCAACCCCCACGCCCAGGGCAGCCCCACGCCCACGGCAACCCCCACGCCCAGGGCAGCCCCACGCCCACUGCAACCACCAUCCCACGGCAGCCCCACGCCCACUGCAACCACCAUCCCACGGCAGCCCCCACGCCCACUGCAACCCCCACGCCCAGGGCAGCCCCUAGGCCACGGCAACCCCCACGCCCAGGGCAGCCCCACACCCACUGCAACCCCCAUGCCCAGGGCAGCCCCUCGCCCACUGCAACCCCUAGCCCCUGGCCGCCCCCAGCCCACUGCAGCCCCCACGCCCAGGGCAGCCCCACGCCCACUGCAGCCCCCACGCCCAGGGCAGCCCCACGCCCACUGCAACCCCCACGCCCAGGGCAGCCCCACGCCCACUGCAACCCCCACGCCCAGGGCAGCCCCACGCCCACUGCAACCACCAUCCCAUGGCAGCCCCUUGCCCACUGCAACCCCUAG